AAAUAGAAAAGUUGUCAGAAUUGAGAAAAUAGAUAAAUGCAUUUUCUGACGUACAAUAAGCCUACAACUUUACUGUCAUUGUUUAUUAAGUAUAAUCCACCACCCCUUCACUCCCAAUCGUCAGUUGCUGAAAGGCGAGGGUAAAAUUCCAAGCCAAAACCAGGGAUAAUUAAUAUCUUAUUUCAGUACUCGGUUUAUCUAAUCUGUCAUUUGUCAGCUUCCUCCCAGUCCAGGCAUACAACUCUCAACGAAUCGCAACAUAAUCAGGGGAAAAAACAGAACUCAUCAGGCACAGUUCUAUAAUAUUAGUACUAUAAACCCGAGACACUGACAGAACAGAACGUGAAUUACAGUGGCGAGUCGAUUAUCCGAACUAAUUGGGACCAAUGGUAGUUCGGAUAAUCAAACUGUUCCAAUACACAUUUUCUGGAAUAAAAAAUAUGUCUAAUUAAUGUCACUAGUUCUAAGCGUAAUUCACCAUAUUAUCGCCAAAUGUCACCAGUUUUCAGAGGGAAAUCGCAGACGCUCCUGAAAAUCGGGGACAGAGGAGGGAUAUGCAAGUACUUUACAUUUCUUCCACUCUGCGACAGGCUCCUCUAGCUGCAGCCAAAUCUGCUGUUAAACCUUACUUUAGGUGAUUUCCAAGCAUAUGAGUCUCCUCCCUGCGACGCUAUCCAGUCAAUGAUUUCCAGCAAAUCAGCAUCUUCAUCUUUUUUCUCCCCGAGUGCAGGUCUUGGAUCCCCCUUUUCCCACAGCGCUUACUGUAGCGCCAAUAUCCAUCAUUUAGCAUGUUUUUCAGUAUCAGAGCUCUGAUGUUCUUCGUACGCUCUCCUCAGCCUACGCCCAGUCACGCCAAAACAAUCAGUUCAUGAAUAUUUGGUACGUAUAAAGUCGUCACUUCGGGGCGUGAUCAGAGCGAGCUGCUCAUGAAUAUUCCUUCAUGAAUAUACGUCACUCCGGGGCGUGAUCAGGUAUGGGUGCGGGCGGGGUUUGCUACUGCGCAUCCGUAGAGUACUAAAAGUACAUUACGCCGGGUGAUCUUGCAGUCCUUUGCUUCUGUGACAUCUGUUUUCAAAAUAAUAAGCGGCAAGGGAAUAUUCUAAAUUUCCAAAGGACGCCUUCCAUCCUCAUAAAACGUAAUAAACUUAAUAAUGAUUCCACCCAAGUUCUCCUGGAGUCACAGUUUUGGACAUAACCGAUCAUCCCUGAAGCUCUGAACGCGUGGACCCUUUUACUGGGAUCAGACUCUUGUACCAGCUGUGAAGGCUUGAGUUUGUAUUAUUUCGCACCUUCCUUCCUGGGCUGAGCAGGAUUCCUGGUUAGUAAUGGUGAUGUUGCAGCUGGAGAUGCUCACGUUGGUACUGGUGCUGCUCUGGACGUGUGUCUUUAGUAAUGAUCCAGGAUCGAAGGUAGUGGCUGAUCGCUUUGCUGUGUACUGGAACAGCAGUAAUACGAGGUUUCAGAGAGGGGAUUACCACAUCGAAGUGUGCAUCAAUGACUAUCUAGAUGUAUUCUGCCCCCACUACGAUGACUCUGUACCCGAAGAGAAGACAGAAUGCUACGUCCUUUACAUGGUUAAUUAUGAUGGCUAUCGUUCCUGUGACCACACCGCAAAAGGCUUCAAACGGUGGGAGUGCAAUAGACCUCGCUCACGCAAUGGCCCUCUAAAAUUCUCAGAAAAAUUUCAGCUAUUUACUCCAUUUUCUUUAGGAUUUGAAUUCAGACCAGGCCGAGAAUAUUACUACAUCUCCUCUGCUGUCCCUGAUGUUGGAAGGAAGUCAUGUCUCAAGCUUCGAGUGUAUGUGCGGCCAGCAAACAGCUGUGUGAAAACUAUAGGUGUUCAUGAUCGUUUUUCCGAUGUUAACGACAAAGUAGAAAAUUCAUUAGAACCAGCAGAUGCUACAGAACAGGAGUCAGCUCAGCCAUCACACAGUGACAAAAGUGCAGCACCAAGACCAAGGCUACCAUGUCACCUUUUAACAACUCUGCUCUUUGUACUGGCUAUUCUUCUAACGUUAUAGCACUACCUACCAAAGGAGCCUUUCGCUGAGGACAGCUGGAUCUUAGUGUCAUCAAAGAUCCCUUGAACUGCUCACCCUAAGAAGGGGACAUUUGAUUGGUUAUUUGCAGAUGUCAAAUUGCUUUAUUUUCAGCCUGAAAAUGACAAGGAAACAAACGGAAUAAGACAGUCCCUGUGGCUGUAAUCCCCCUUAGUGACAACACACUUAUGUUCCCACUUUCCAAAAAAAUCAGAUUAAUGCCAAAUUACAUUUGUGACACUGAUGAUUCUUAUUUUCCUGUGCAUUCUCUUAUAACGUAUCUCCAUGUGGCCCUUUUAUCACAGUGCAGUCAAGGAACUGUAGUAUCAAAUGCACUCCUUCAUGUGUAAUGAGAUUGAAAUGAAUGAUCGGGUGUGGCCUGUUCUUGUAAUAACAAACUUUAUAUCUUCUCUCUUCAUACUGUAAGAUGAUUGUAUAAAGUAUCACGUUGCUACUAGAGGGGAAUUAUUAACACAGCUGUACAAUGGUCCCUCUAAUUGUUAUUUAAAUGAAGAAGUUCUGAGGAGUAGGGGAGAAACUCUCAGUACCUCUGAAUGACUUGCAAAAUGUGUCUUAUCACUUAGCCUUGCCUGUUGAGUGAAAUGAUCUGUACUUUGAUAGUGAGUGUUACCAUUUCUUAAAUCAAAUGUUGAAAUCUGUGUAGACGAGUUCUUGACAGAAGUCACAGGCUAAAAGGGUGAGCACAUCUGAAGAUUAGAACAAAAAGAAAAAUAUUUGCUUUGAAAUUAAGGCUGCAGCUUUAGCCUUGCCAGUUUCAAAUCUUAGCAGCUAUGUAAUUUUAUUGUACAGAAGUCAGAAAGCUGUUCUGUGGCUGAAGUGUCCUUCCCUAGCACAGUGGGCUAGUAGCCAAAGUAUGCUGCCAUGCUGUCAGUAGCCGUCAGUUGCCUCUUUCUUUGCCCUUUGGAUGUAUUUUGUAAUUUUGCCUUUAUUCUAGUUCAAGACUCUGAUGAAUUAAGAUAAUUUUCAGAUGAAAACAUGCAAGCUACUCCCAGUAUCCAGGAGGGCUAGCUGAUGACAUCAGGCUGCAAAAACUCUGAUGUCACUGCAGCAUGUUUCUAAUAAUUUUCAUUAGAGCUCAUUUAAAUAGUCAAGAUCCAGCUUCCCUAGCUUUAAUCUACAGAUUUCUUGUCCAUUAGACAUCUCAGCUAGAAACUCAGUCUGCCAUGAACCAUACAUUUUCUGAUAUUUUGAGGGUGUUCCCAAGUUUACAGUACUGGCAAAUAAUCUUUGCAGAGAGUCUCACUCUAGUUUUUGUUCAACAUUUGUCAGAAAAGCAGAAGCUCAAAACAGCUGUAAUGAGAAAAACCCUGCUGGAAAAAAUGAAUGCGACUAUCAUAGAGCAAUAAAAAGUAGUAGAUAAAGUAUGGCAGGAAUAAAGUUAUCACUACACAAAACUUGUUUGCAUUUAACAAAUGCACCAUUUAUGCAUUUUCUUGGUUUGCUAUUAGUUUUGGCAGGCCAGGGUCCUGUUGCAGAAUUACAGCAUGAAUCCUACAGACAACUGUUGCAUUUCUCAAUUUCCAGUGGAGCUAUGCUUCUGUCAGAAGUAAGUACUGGAGACGAGGAUGUUCAUUAUUCUGCAUUUAUGCAAAUAAAUUAAUCAAAUACAGCAGAGUAAUGCAGCUGAUUCAUUUGGGAUUAAAUGGAUCACUCGGGUAGAUUAGCCACUUUAUAUUUUUGGGAAGGGUGGUCUUUCUGCCUGUGCUUUCUCAGCCUGGCUCUGUCUGCCAGAAGUGUAGCACUCCUGGUAGCCACACUUUCAGAAAACUAAAGCAGGGGAAAUAAGGAUCAGUCCAUUUUGUGGAUACUGUGUAUCCUUUACUAGACAAAAGUAGCAUUUAGCAUCAGUUUAGUACAUCAUAUUGUACCUUCUUGGAGGGCAAAGAAGAAUGAAGAGACAGUGUGCUUUAAAUUCUGUAUUAUUAGCAGCCUAUGUUGUAAAUAGUGUUUGAUAUAUUAAAGUAUUAAUUUGAUUCUUAACGCCUUUUGUAACAGAGUAUAGUAGAAUUUUAGGAUACUACAGAGUCUGAAGAAGCUUUUAUUUCAGGCAUCAGGAGUCACUGGGGCUGGAGUCUGAGGUACAGCAAGCACUACAAUGAAGGCGAUGACUCCGAAGUGCCACAGAACUUGCCUGCAACAAAUAUUUGUCCAUUCUAACUGGAAUCUCGUGAGAAUGAACAGUGCAGCUCUGGUGGUCAUGUUUUGAUACAAGAAAUUCCUAAUCUGUGUCAGAGCUCUGAAAUAUAAAGCACGUUGAAUGUAGGUGGCACCAGGAGUUUUAUGUAGUUUCUUUUGAUGAAAUGCGUCUCUGAAGGUCUUGCCAGUUUCAUGUGUGGCAUGCGCAUGGACUUGAUUCCAAACCAAAACAUUUGUCAGUACUGGUUUUGUAAACUUUUUUGUCAAAUGUUAUUUCCCUUUUAUGUGUAAGCAGCUUAUUACAAGAAGAAAAAAAGUUGUAUUGUAAUUACUUAUUUGAAAACUGCACUUCACCUUUCUUUUGUGGGACAGAAGUGCUUCUCUCAGUUUCAGACAUUCAGAAAUGGAUCCGUUGCCCCAUCCCCUGCUUCUCAUGCCGAGGAGAUCGGUGCUCUGCAGUUUCCAUAUGUACCCUGUCUGUUCUUUUGAACAUUGAAUGGGCAGUUGUUUUUUCCCCUGAGUUUUCCCAUGCACUCCCCCGCUAGCUCCUCAGAUAUGAGACAAAUCUUCCCACAGUAGGCUCGCUGCCAUUGUCUGUACAGUCUAAUCAAUGCUGGCAUGCUGGAGAUUCCCCAUGAUUCUUCAGAAUCUGCUUUCCACGCUUACUCUUGAAACCCCAUUGAAGCCACUCAUUGUGUGUACGUCUGGGUAUGGAAGUCCAGCUCACUGUGAUCCCUGUGCUUGUAUUGCCCUGCUUUGCAGUUUCUUUGCACUUAUUCAUCGAGUGCUGUUUUGACCUGCUUACAUUAUACCAGUAAACAAAAAGAAAAAAAAUAACAAAAAAGUCUGUAUUUGUAUAUACACGUGUCUGAGCAACUAUACAUACAUAAAUAAAAACAAAGGUGGUCAUAAUUUUAAA